AUGUGGAAAGCUGCUACAGCCAGUUAUACAAAUGCUUUUGAAAAAGCAAUGUUGGAAAUGAAGGUUGUUAAUGUAGAAGCAUUCAAGCAUUUAAUAAAGUUACCAGCUAGGUUUUGGACCAAGGCUUUCCUCAAAACCAAUCAUUUGUGUGAUACCCUGGUGAACAACAUGUCAGAGGCUUUCAACUCUGUCUUUGUGAUAGCUAGUUCCAAGCCAAUCAUAACAAUGAUUGAAGAAAUCAAAGUAUAUCUCAUGCAAAGAUGGCAGUCAAACAGACAGAAAAUUACCAAGUUUGAAGGUGAUAUUCUACCUAAUAUCAAGAAAAAGAUUGUAAAAGAAUCUGAAAAAACAAACUGCUGGAUUAUGAGGCGUGCAGGAGAGUACGAUUAUGAGGUGAUUUUGGUGUCAAGUACAGUAGAUGUCACAUGA